AUGGCCAAAUCCACUUUCUUCGUUUCUCUUAACCUCUGUUUCCUCUUCUCUGUGGUCACCGCCACAUACUAUCAAAGUCUAACACCAACACUGAUGGGUUUCCGCGAGGACAAGUUCACCCACCUUCACUUCUUCUUCCACGACGUUGUCACGGGCCCCAACCCUAGCAUGGUCAUUGUGGCCGAGCCCAACGGAAAAGCCAAGGACGCUCUUCCCUUCGGAACCGUUGUGGCCAUGGACGACCCGCUCACCGCCGGACCCGAACCCGACUCCAAGCUGGUGGGGAAGGCGCAGGGGAUUUACACUUCUAUUUCGCAGGCGGAGAUGGGGCUGAUGAUGGUGAUGACCAUGGCCUUCACCGACGGAGAAUUCAACGGCAGCACCAUCAGCGUCUUGGCCAGAAACAUGAUCAUGAGCGAGCCUGUGAGGGAAAUGGCCAUUGUUGGUGGCACAGGGGCUUUUCGCUUCGCACGUGGCUACGCUCAGGCCAAGUUUCACUCGGUCGAUUUCUCCAAAGGCGAUGCCAUCGUUGAAUACGACGUCUUCGUCAACCAUUAUUGA